AUGGUGGAGCUGGCACCCUUGUCUGUGCCAUGGGAGCGCAGGCUGCAGACCUUCGCGGUCCUCCACUCCUCCACGAGGGCGCAGGAAGCGAAUCUCCUCCUCCUCCCAGGGUCGAGGGUUGGGCAGGACGGGGCUGCCCUCAGUCUCCCGCCUUCUCUGACGGCUCUGCUGUGCUCCCCAGCCCAGAUCUGCUUUGUGGCGUUCAUCAGCCUCCUGUUCACGAGAUUCUGGGUCUUCGCUGUCCUGUAUGCGACCUGGUGGUACCUGGACCGGGACAAGCCGCGGCAGGGCGGCAGGCGCAGCGAGGUCUUCCGCCGCGGGGUGAUAUGGAAGUACAUGAAGGACUAUUUCCCCGUCUCUCUCGUGAAGACCGCGGAGCUGGACCCCUCGCGGAACUACAUUGCGGGCUUCCACCCGCACGGCGUCCUGGCCGCCGGCGCCUUCCUCAACCUGUGCACCGAGAGCACUGGCUUCUCCUCGCUCUUCCCGGGCAUCCGCCCCCACCUGAUGAUGCUGACCUUGUGGUUCCGGGCUCCCUUCUUCAGGGAUUACAUCAUGUCCGGGGGGCUGGUCACAUCAGAGAAGGGGAGUGCAGAUCACAUCCUGAGCAGGAAGGGCGGCGGGAACUUGCUGGCCAUCAUUGUCGGGGGUGCCCAGGAGGCACUGGACGCCCGGCCUGGAGCCUACACGCUGUUACUGCGCAACCGCAAGGGCUUCAUCCGACUCGCCCUGGUGCAUGGGGCGGCCCUGGUGCCGAUCUUCUCCUUUGGCGAGAACGACUUAUUUGACCAGGUUGAGAACUCCUCUGGCUCCUGGCUGCGCUGUGUCCAGAACUGGCUGCACGGGAUCAUGGGCGUCUCCUUCCCACUAUUCCACGGCCGCGGCGUCUUCCAGUACAGCUUCGGGCUCAUGCCCUACCGGCGACCCAUCACCACUGUGGUGGGAAAGCCCAUCGAGGUGCAGAAGACACUGCACCCCUCGGAGGAGGAAGUGGACCGGCUGCACCAGCGCUAUAUCAAGGAGCUGUGCAACCUCUUUGAUGCCCACAAGCUCAAGUUCAACAUCCCCGCUGACCAACACCUGGAGUUCUGCUGAGUCCCUCAAGGCAGAGGAGGGGCUGCCCCAGAGGCCAGAGCUGGUGCUAGGGAGCCCAGCUGGAGGCGCUGAGAGGGUGCAUGCUUCGGCAGAGCCUCCCCCGACUCCUGCAAACCCAACCUGUGUCAGGCCCCCACUGGAGCUGGCAUCGUGGAAGGAGAGAGCAGGCUCCCGCAUGCGCAGAGCCUCCCUCUCUGUGCCUCUGUCUGCUCCUCUAUGAGAUGGAGAAGGGCUGGAAGAGAAUGAUUUCUGAGGUCUCUGUCCUCUGUUGUAAAGUUACUCAAACACGGCCCACUGAAAUGUGGGGAAACCAGAGCCAGGUUUUUUUGUCCUCGAACCCUGAGUGACAGUGUAAAAAGUCACCAGCUCCAGCCCUCUCUCCUACCAGCUUCCCCACCCUGACCUGGAGGCCCCAGCUACUUCCUUCCCAAGCAAGUGAGGAGAGGUUGACCAGUAAGCCCCUGCACUGGCACUGGCCACCUCCAUGUGUCUGCAGCCUCUGGGCUAUGGCGUGGCGUCCAGCAGGCGCAGGAGGUGAGCCACGAGGACGGUGCUGUGUCCCUGUCUCUGUGACUGUGGGCAGACCUCCUUCCCCUCCCUCUGAGCCACAGUGUCCCCAAAGCACAUGACGACCUCUGAGUCUCAGCUCUGCCACUGCAGAGGUGGAGGGCUCCACAAGGGCCCCUCUCGCUCGUCCUUUGUAACCUCAGGCCCUGACCUUGGCAUCAAAGGGGUGCUUUGGGGCAGGUGUUUGGUGCAGAGGGGUAAGCUGCCACUUGGAUGGCCGCUUUCCCUACUCAGUGCCUGGUUUGAGUCCCGGUCACUCCAUACUUCCUAUCCAGCUGCCUGCCAGUGGAGUUGGGAAAGCAACUUGAGUUGGCUCAAGUGCUGGGGUCCCUGCACCCACCCCUGGAGACCUGGAUGGAGCUCCUGGCUCCUGGCUGCAGCCUGGUCUGGCUCCAGCCCCAGCUCCCAGCUGUUGCAGCCAAUUGAGAAGUGAAUUAGCAUAUGGAAGAUCUCUCUCUCUCUCUCUCUCUCUCUCUCUCUCUCUCUGCCUUUCAAAUGAAUAAAUAUUUAAAUAAAAAUAGGGUUGUGUUUCAUAAAUGUCUGUCAGGGGCUGGUGCUGUGGCAUAGUGGGUAAAGCCCCCUCCUGCAGUGCCGGCAUCCCAUAUGGGCGCCGGUUCAAGUCCCAGCUACUCCACUUCUCAUCCAGCUUUCUGCUAUGGCUUGGGAAAGCAGUAGAAAAUGGUCCAAAUCCUUGUGUUUCUGCAACCACAUGGGAAGACCCUGAGGGAGCACCUGGCUGCUGGCUUCGGACCAGCACAGCUCUGGCCAUUGUGGCCAUUGGGGAGUGAACCAGGGAAUGGAAGACCUCUCUUUCUCUCACUUGCGCUCUCUUGCUCUCUCUGCUUCUGCGUCUCUGUAACUCUGCCUUUCAAAUAAAUUUUUUUUUUUUUGGACAGGCAGAAUGGACAGUGAGAGAGACAGAGAGAAAGGUCUUUCUUUUUUUCCGUUGGUUCACCCCACAAUGGCCGCUGCAGCUGGCGCACCGCGCUGAUCUGAGGCCAGGAGCCAGGUGCCUUCUCCUGGUCUCCCAUGUGGGUGCAGGGCCCAAGGACCUGGGCCAUCCUCCAUUGCACUCCCAGGUCACAGCAGAGAGCUGGCCUGGAAGAGGGACAACCGGGACAGAAUCUGGCGCCCCGACCAGGACUAGAACCCAGGGUGCCAGUGCCGCAGGUGGAGGAUUAGCCUAAUGAGCCAUGGCGCUGGCCCCAAAUAAAUCUUAAAGAGUCUGUUAGUCCUUUUUACUUCUGUCCUCAACCUCAGCUAACAGGGCUGGGCAAAGCCUCAACAUGGACCCCAAGCCUGGCCCUGUGACCCUCGGUCACCUUUCCAGAAGCUGCCUCAGAGCGGUCCAGAGGGGCUCUCCUCUUCCUGAUGCAUCAGCCCUAGCUUCCCUGCUCUGACCCCCUUGGGCUGGGUAAGAAGGGCAGGGCAGAUGAUGUAAGGCAGACACGAGGCGUGAGGGUUCACGCGUCUGCAGGCGGGGUGGGGUGGGCACACGAGCCCUGGCCAGCAGAUCCUGAACUCUUGCAUGAGGGACUUCUGUCCUCCCCAGGGAGGGGGCAGGGGAAGGCUGGGUCGCACUGGGGCUUGUGGCUCCCCUCCCCCUCAAGGAGCAGAUCACACGAUGACCACAACAUGGAGGGGGCAUUGGACACGUGUAAAUCUGAUCCCACAUCCUGGUCCUGGGCAAGUCUCAUCACUUCCAAACCUCAGUUUUGUCAUCUGAGAAAUGGGAGUUAGCACAUCCACACCCAGAGUCCCGAGCGGCAGCUGCUGAGACGGUAAGCAGAGGUGGGGGUCAGCGUGCACAGGGACCCCUGCGGGUGCCUGUUACCUGCGAGGGGGCAGGGUGGCACAGAGGUCACAAGGGGAGCAGUGACGUUCAGGGAAGGGAGUGACGGUUUCCAGCCAAGGGGAAGACCUGGAGGAAGUGACUCGCAGACAGGGCCGUGAGGAAGUUACGCCAAGCAGGUGAGUAAGGGCCUGCGGUGCGUGUCCAUGGUUGCAUCACAGGGGUCACUGGGUAGACACACAGCUAGUGCACACCCACCAGCUCACCUGCCACCUUACCCCGUCCCGGGUAGAACAAAGUUCACUAAAACGGCCCGCAGGUCAGGGGUGAGGCCUGGACCCUCCCCAGCCUGGCAUACAAGGCUCUCCUUGCUGGCCCUCUAGACUUCGCCAG